UGGAGCUCCUGUGACGCGUGCUUCCGGCGGCUCCCGGGCUGCGGGCUCGGCCUCCGGGACCGCGGGGCUCAAGGAGCGGGCACGGGGGUCGUGGAGCCCUGCACUCUCUCACCAUGGACCGCGACCUUCUGCGGCAGUCGCUGAAUUACCACGGGCCGUCCUUGCUGUCCUUGCUCCGUAGCGAACAGCUGGACAAUCCUCACUUCCGGAGCCUCCUGGGGUCGGCGGCCGAGCCUGCCCGGGGCCCGCCGCCCCAGCAGCCCGUGCCAGGCAGAAAAGAGAAGAAAGUCGACAACGCUGAAAUACAAAAAUUCAUUUCCAAAAAGGCGGAUCUGCUUUUCGCACUUUCGUGGAAGUCAGAUGCACCUGCAACUUCUGAAGUUAAUGAAGACGGUGAAGAUUCUUAUGCAGUCAUGCCACCUUUAGAGCAAUUCAUGGAAAUACCUAGUAUGGAUCGGAGAGAGCUGUUUUUCCGAGAUAUUGAGCGUGGAGAUAUAGUGAUUGGAAGAAUUAGUUCCAUUCGGGAAUUUGGGUUUUUCAUGGUGUUGAUUUGUUUAGGCAGUGGCAUCAUGAGAGAUAUAUCUCACUUGGAAAUCACAGCUCUUUGUCCAUUAAGAGAUGUGCCUUCUCACAGUAACCAUGGGGAUCCUUUAUCGUAUUACCAAACUGGUGAUAUCAUUCGAGCUGGAAUCAAGGAUAUUGACAGAUAUCAUGAAAAGCUUGCAGUAUCUCUGUAUAACUCGUCUCUUCCACCACAGCUAUCUGGUAUUAAAUUAGGUGUAAUUAGUUCUGAAGAGCUUCCUUUGUAUUACAGGAGGAGUGUUGAACUAAAUAGCAAUUCUUUGGAAUCCUAUGACAAUAUCAUGCAAAGUUCCUUGGGAUUUGCUAAUCCAGGAGUAGUUGAAUUCCUCCUAGGAAAAUUAGGAAUAGAUGAAUCUAAUCCCCCAUCUUUAAUGAGAGGCCUACAAAGCAAAAAUUUCUCUGAAGACGAUUUUGCUUCUGCAUUAAGAAAGAAACAGUCUGCAUCUUGGGCUUUAAAAUGUGUGAAGAUUGGAGUUGAUUAUUUUAAAGUUGGGCGCCACGUGGAUGCUAUGAAUGAAUACAAUAAAGCUCUGGAAAUAGACAAACAAAAUGUGGAAGCUUUGGUAGCUCGUGGAGCAUUAUAUGCAACAAAAGGAAGUCUGAACAAAGCAAUAGAAGAUUUUGAACUUGCAUUGGAAAACUGUCCAACUCACAGGAAUGCAAGAAAAUACCUCUGCCAGACACUUGUAGAAAGAGGAGGGCAGUUAGAAGAAGAAGAAAAAUUUUUAAAUGCUGAAAGUUACUAUAAGAAAGCUUUGGAUUUGGAUGAGACUUUUAAAGAUGCAGAGGAUGCUUUGCAGAAACUUCAUAAAUAUAUGCAGAAAUCUUUGGAAUUAAGAGAAAAACAAGCUGAAAAGGAAGAAAAGCAGAAAACAAAGAAAAUAGAAACAAGUGCAGAAAAGUUGCGUAAGCUCUUAAAAGAGGAGAAAAGGCUAAAGAAAAAAAGAAGAAAAUCAACUUCUUCCUCUUCAAGUGUUUCUUCUGGUGAUGAAUCAGUUUCUUCAUCAUCAUCCUCUUCCUCUUCUGGUCACAAAAAGCAUAAGAAACAUAGGAGGAAUCGUUCAGAGUCUUCUCGAAGUUCCAAAAGGCAUUCAGCUAAGUCAUCCUCAAAUCAGAUAGAUCAGAAUAGGAAAGAUGAGUACUUCCCAGUUCCAGCCAAUACUUCAGCGUCUUUUCUUAACCAAAGACAAGAAGUGGAAAAACUACUGGAAAAGCAAGAUAGGGUACCAUAUCAGAAGAAGCAGGUAAAAGAGAAAGAUAGAUGCCCCAUCUCUUCAUCUUCAGUUGAAAUUCCGGAUGAUUUUGGAGGUAGGUCUGAAGAUUCAAGAGAUUUUUACAAUAGCUAUAAAACUCAGGCAGGUAGUAGCAAAACGGAAAAGUCAUAUAAAUAUGAAAGACAUUUUUCCAAUAGAAGGGAUUCCUCAGAUUCCUUCUCUAGGAAUCCAGAAGAUAAGUUAAAAAAUUAUGGUUAUAGAAAAUUUGAAAAAGACACAGAUGGAAGAAAAGAGCACUAUAGAAAGUGGGAGCCAGGUUCCAUGAGGUAUUCCACUUCUCCAGCAAGCUCUGACUACUCUUCUAAGUCAGUUGAAAAGUAUAAAAAAUGUAAUUAUUCUGGAUCACGUGAUUUCAAUAGACAUGAGCAAAGAUAUCAAUUAAGUAAAAGUCAUAGAGAAUAUGAAAGAGAGGAUAAUUAUGAUGAGAGUAUUAAACCAGAGGCUCCAGAAGAAGAAGAGCUAAGUAGCAAGGAGCAUUCAGAAAGUGGAGCUAAAAAAAAUUUACCUCAGAAUUUACUCAAUAUAUUUAAUCAGAUAGCUGCAUUUGAGAAAGAAAAAGGAAAUAAGCAAAAAAAAUAAUAUUCCAAGGGAAUCAGCACUGUUUUACUAAAGGCUGUUAAAAGUUUUGGGUCUUUUAAUCAUAACAGUCAGUGUAGAAAUCGCUGCUCCUAAGAUUAUUUUUUUUUUUGUAGAGCUUGCAGAAAGCAAAUGCUUUUUUUAAAAAAGCUUUACGUUCAUUAUCAUUUAAUCUUUAUAACAAUUUUUUUUCAGCAAAUGCUUUCAAGCUGUUGUGAAACUGCGUCUUUUAGUUGUAGGUUCCCUUUCACAGCUUGAUUUGCAGACUUUUCAUAUAUAUGUUUAUGUACAGUAUUCCUUACUCUGAUUUAAACUUCAGUUAAAGAUAAUUCUCCAAGUCUUGUUUCUUCAUUGUAUUUUGGGGUAUGAGAAUUCCUUGGGUCUCCCUUAUCCUGCUAUUUGAGAGAAAAUUAAAUUUGUGCACUGAACACCUGGGUUUUUUCAUCAAAAAUUAUUUCAUUCUCUUUUCUGUUAAAUUAAAAGCCAUCAACUUUUGAAAGAGAUAUGUUCUUUAAGUACUAUUUUAUAUUUACCAUUUGUUUAAAUAUUAAAUUUUUACAUAACUGUUGUUUUAAAAUGGUAGGCAGAUUAUCUGUCUUGACUAAUUGGCCUCUAAAGCCUGAUUCAAUUACAAGAGACUUGUGUACCAGCUUAACAAGUACCUUAGGAAUAAAGCCAUGAACAUUAAA